UAAUUAAUUAUAUUUCAAUGAGUGCAACAAACAAUAAUAAAGAACUUUUAGAAAGACAUCAUCGUCAUGAUUUAGUUACAAAAGCGGAAUGUCAACUGAUAUUGGAGAAAAUCUUACGAGAGGAAAAUGCAAAAGGGUCAUUGGUUUCAUAUGAUAUCGUACCAGAGCUAGGCACUGUGGGAUAUUUGGGUGAAUAUUUCCAUUUGCAUAUAAAGUAUCAAAUAGAAAAUGAAAGCCAUGUAUCACAAAAACGUUUAUUUGUUAAAACUAUGCCGUAUCAAAAUCCCGACAUGUGUGAUUUCAUUGAAAAAUCGGGAAUUUUGAAAAAAGAAUCAACAUUGUACAUGAGACUUCUAAAUGAAAUGAGGAAAUUGUCUUCCAACAUCUGGUGUGCCGAGUGUUAUUUAGUUAAACCCGAUCUUUUCGUCAUGCAAAAUAUUGUGGACUUAGGUUAUGAACCGCUAAAUGAUGUUGGCAAUUUUUUGAAUAAACCAGAAAUCGAAACUAUACUCAGAGGUUUAGCCUCAAUGCAUGCCUGCAGCUUAGCCUUUGAGCAUCAAAAACAAGUGAAAAUUGGUGAACUUAUGAAGGACGUGCUAUACGAAGUAACAGUUUCCCCUAAAGUGGUGUGGUAUACAGCAGGUAUUAGGGCUGUUCUAGCAGUGACCCUUAAACAUCCCUUGUAUCAAGCAGAACCUCUACAGCUUUUCAUUAAAAAUGAACUGCCCUCAAUAUUUGAUACUGUGUAUAGCAUGGUAAAUCCCUCUACGAAAUAUUGCAAUGUCUUUUGCCAUCGCGAUAUAUGGGGUGGUAAUGUUUUCUGCUCGAAAACGGAACCCUUUAAAAAGCCAGCCGUUUUUGUGGACUUUCAACUGUGUCGUUAUUCACCAGCUGCUAUUGAUAUUUUAAUGACUUUAUACAUUAAUAUGAAACCCCGUGAUAGAAAACUUAUUGAGUCGGAUUGUUUUAAAUACUAUUACGAACAAUUCUCCAAGGAAAUGUUAAAUAUGGAUGCUAAAGCUGAGGAGUUUAUAACUUAUGAGGAUUUCUUAAAGUCUUUGAAAGAAUUGGCUUUAUUUGGUGCUCUUUACAAUUGUAUAGCUGCUACAAUUCUAAGAGUUCCGGGUGAUUAUCUAAAAGACUUGAAACUGAAUCGACCCGAGGAUUUUCAUCGUUACACAAAUGUGGAUCGCACUCAGGAGGUUUUGGAACUGGUGAAAAGUGAUGCGGAAUUCGGGAGUUAUAUGCUGGAAUGUGUGGAGGAUAUGAUGGAAUUGAUAUUAAAAAGUAAUUUUAUGUGAUUUGAAAA